GGUGUCAGCAGCAGCAGGAGGAAGAGGAGGAAGAGGAGGAGGAGGAGCAGGAGCAGGGAGUGUCCCCUGUGCAGAUUGGCCCGGCUGGAGCUGAGCAAUGGCCCGGCUGCUAUAAAAGCCGUGCCUGGGCCAGCCGGGGCCAAGCACUGCCCUGGCCACCUUCUCCUCCUCGGGGACAAGGAGCUCGCUCGGAUCCCAGGCCAACAUGUCCUGCUACGACCUGUGCCCUCCUCGCAGCAGCCUGGCCGUGCCACAGCCCAUCGCUGAGAGCUGCAACGAGCUGUGCGCCCGCCAGUGCCCCGACUCGUCGGCCUUGAUCCAGCCGCCGCCCGUGGUGGUCACCUUCCCCGGCCCCAUCCUCAGCUCCUUCCCCCAGCAAGCCGUGGUGGGCUCCUCCGGAGCCCCGGCCUUUGGCGGCUCCCUGGGGCUGGGCGGCCUCUACGGCGCCGGCGCCACCCAGGCCUCGGGGGGCCUGUGCACCUUUGGCAGAGCCUACGCUGCUCCCGCCUGCAGCCCUUGCGCCUUGCCCCGCUACAGCAAGAAGCUCUGGGACACCUGCGGGCCCUGCUAGAGCCGCCAGAGAGGCUUUUUGAUGUGUCAGCAAUGGAGAAAUCCCCAAGUUUUUCAUCCCAUUAUUGUCGCCAUUAGUGUUUUCUUUAAACCUUUUCUUUUCAGUUGGUUAUUAUUUUGCUUUAUGUCCAGUUUGAACAUCUAAUUCUUUAUGUUCUCUUUUAUUAAUGUAUUUUGUUUAAAAAUUUCAUUGUUCUUUCCUUGUCUUUGAUCCUUAUUUUUUAUGUCGUUUAUAUCAACCUCAUGUUAUAUUUCCAUUUAUUUACCUCUGUUUGUUCAGUACUGGAUGUGUUAAAUAUUUUGGCUUCAGUUGUUCUGUUCUCUAUGUCGUUCUUGUUUUCCCAUGCUUUUCUUUGUACUCUCUGUGUGAUUUAUUCACAUUUUUUUCUGCAAUAAAUCUAUUAUGCAUCGAAUUUUUGUGUCGCUUUCAUCUCUUGUUGUCUUAAAUGGUGAUGAGCAUUCAGUUGA